AUGGCCACUCCAAUGCUAGCUUUUUCAACAGUCUCUACGGGUCCCAUUUUUACCAAGACCACAAAGCCGCGUAAGGUUUGCGUCGAAGCGUCACUGCGCAAUCCUCAACUUCAGCGUUUCAAGUAUGCCUAUGGUAUUUUUACUCUCAUCUGUCAGUGUGUGGUUCCAUUUGCCAUCCUUGUGGCUGUCUACAUUCGAAUCUGCACACGUAUUCGCAGACUAUCCAUUGUACGCUCUAAAAAUAUCCAACAAACGCUCACACCCAACAAUAAUCCCCCCGUUUUAAUUACUGAUACCCCCGUGGAAAGCGCCACAACGCAAUCGCAUCCCCCAAGAAGUUGCUUAGAUGUGCAAGGACUUCCAAGGCAAUCAGUAGACAUCAACGCGGUCUCUAUGCUAUUGCAGAAGACAAACGAAGAGAAGCGAAGAGGUAGGGCCAAAAAGAUUUUGAAGAUGCAACAAUCGCAUCAAAAUCGGCAAGGAGAACGUCGACAGUUCCGGCUAAAGCGUAAACGACGUGCCAAUAUCCUGUUGACUUGUGUCUCAUUAGUCUUCGCAAUCUCCUGGCUGCCCCUGCAUGCGGUAAACAUAUUUAUGGAUUACAAAGAACACACAGCAGCCAGUCUUACAGCAUCAGACCGCAGUAAUAAUGACGGGGCUAAAGAGGUGGAAAAAGCCUUUAUGGGAGCACGUCAUGUCACUCUCAUUCAGUCUGCCUGUCUCCUAUGUGUACUCUUCUCGUGUUGUGUCAAUCCCUUCCUCUAUGGCUACCUGAAUGAGAACUAUCGGAAAGAGUUUGCAGAAAUCCUAACUUGCCGCUGUUGUGGAUGCCUGCGACCUUCGGCACGUAGAGGAAGUUGCCCUAGAAGGUACUAA